GCAACACUGAGUAACCAAACAGGGAUUCAUUUAAUACACUUGUGCUCUCGUGCACUGCCACUUGGUGAAUUGCUUCAUAACCAUUUUGAAGACUUUGCAGGGCUUCAACAUAAAGAGUGUUGCCUCGCAUGGCAUGAAACUCAAUGUUUGGGACAUUGGAGGACAGAGGAAGAUCAGGCCCUUCUGGAAAAAGUAUCUGGAAAACACAGACUUGUUGAUUUAUGUUAUUGACAGCGCAGACAAGAAGCGGUUUGAGGAGACGGGACUGGAGCUGUCCGAGCUGAUUGACGAGGAGAAUUUAAAGGGCGUUCCAGUGCUCAUCUUUGCCAAUAAGCAGGAUCUGGCCACAGCGUCACCGGCAAGUGAAAUCGCUGAGGGACUCAACCUGCACACGUACCGGGACCGUGAGUGGCAGAUCCAGGCCUGCUCAGCUGUGUCUGGGGAGGGAAUUCAGGAUGGCAUGAACUGGAUUUGCAACAGCAUUGUGAAUAAGAAGAAGAAAAAGAACAAGUGAACCCGCGUCCCAGACAACACUGACCAGAGAGUAAACCAGAGAACCAGCAUCACAUAAGGGAUGAAAGACAACGUGUCACUUCAUUUAUAAUCAACACACCUCACCUAUGACAGAUCCUGUUCCCUUCACAGAUUUGAACCCUAAUUUUGUUUUUACAAUUUGUGUCAUUUUUAUGAAUAUUUUGCAAUUUCGAAGACAUCUUUUAGGCACUUAUCAAUCAAAAUUAAUGUGUUUGUCCCCUUACCCCGAGGAUCCUUGUCUGAUGAAUCUGUGUGUAGCCAUGUAGAACUGUUGGUGUUUGUCAGUUACA